UAUAAAGGAAAAAAAAAUGGUUGCUACAUUAAAUUUGCACAUUUCUGCCGUUUUGUCAGUCAAAUACAUCGGGUUGAACUAAAGGUCCAAGCCCAUUUCACAACAAAAUCCAGGCGAGGGUCAAGUUAGGUUGGUCAUUGGUGGUGCGGGUUGUAGACAGGAUUCUAGUGACCGGAGCUGAGAGGUGGAGAGACCAGACUAGUUGACCCUAUGGCGGACGCGCAAUCGAGAUACGUUAAGCUUACCAAAGAUCAGGCGCCUUUGGAGGAUAUCAGACCCGGUGAACUUAAUCAGCCCAUUGAUGUUCCUCAGUUGCAUGUUCGAAAGUGCAAUGAAUGUGGACAGCCUUUACCUGAAAACUUUGAGCCUCCUGCUGUUGAACCUUGGACAACUGGAAUUUUUGGCUGUGCUGAAGAUACAGAAAGUUGCUGGACAGGACUAUUUUGCCCAUGUGUUCUAUUUGGGCGUAAUAUUGAGAACUUGAGAGAUGAUACCCCUUGGACUACACCAUGCAUUUGUCAUGCUAUUUGUGUUGAAGGCGGCAUUGCAUUGGCAGCUGCAACAGCUGUCUUCCAUGGUAUUGACCCAAGAACAUCAUUUCUCAUUUGUGAGGGUUUGUUGUUUGCUUGGUGGAUGUGUGGCAUAUAUACUGGUCUUGCUCGGCAAUCCUUACAGAAAAAGUAUCAUCUCAAGAACUCGCCCUGUGACCCGUGCAUGGUGCACUGCUGCAUGCACUGGUGUGCUUUAUGCCAGGAGCAUAGAGAGAUGAAGGGACGCCUAUCAGAUGACUUUGUCAUGCCAAUGACCAUCAUCAAUCCUCCCCCUGUUCAAGAGAUGAGCUCAGCCUGUGAAAACCAGGAUUCAGCACCACCACCCUCCGGAAGUAGCACCAACUUGGAGAUGCAGGCUCUGUAAGAUAUACCAUUAUUCGUACAAACGGCACUUUGGUGAAACCCCAUUUUCGUCUUGAAGGGAUUUUGUUUUCAUAUUCUUGUCUUGUUUCACAGUAGAAUUGGUUACUUUUCACAGAGAACUCUUACAGACUCUCUGCAUACUACAUCUGAUAACUAUUUAUCAAACUGAGACUUGGAGAGAUGCUUUACUUAAUUCUCUGAUCGGUGAGGCAUUUUAUUAUAUAUACAGAUACUGUGACUUCAAUUUUAAUUGCCUCAUUGUACAGAAGUUGCAAUUUUAUUAGUAUAAAUAAGUACUCGUAUAUAAUCCUUGAUGAUUUGUUGUCAAUUGCGAACCACCCCAUUGAAGAGAAGAAGAAGAUGGAAUUGCCUUAGAUAUCUGUCUACUGUUGCUAUUUUAGCUGCUUUUGGGUUACCGAAGUGAGGCUGGUGGAUCAAAUUGAAAUGUGAGCCGUCGUGGUAAUGUUAACGGGAUUUGUGCUCCUAUCUAUAAUUACAUUCAAUUGACUUUAAACUUUCAACUCCCUCUCUCGCUCCGUUCUCCUAACCUUAAUUUCUACAUCAAUGGCUAGAGGAAUUCCCAACUACGACCGCGAUGGCGGCGGCGGUGGAAGGCAAUACAUAACGCAGUUUUCUCCUUCUCCCUUCUCUUCUUUUCCACUCUUUGACUCUUUCUACCAUUCGUCAUUGAAUCGUGGUACUGUCGGAGACGUGUUUUUCGGCACCGACGAUAUAAAGGACAGUAGAGAAUUAAUAUUGUACAAGGAAGAUGUGCUCGAGAGUUACCGUAGAGAAAAGGCCAUGAAAUCUUUGAGGCGGCGAUCAAAGAAAGGAUCGAUCUCGAAUUUCGGGUGUGUCGAGUUCUUGAAACUUUUAUUCUGUUGCUGCAUAUGUAUAAUAUAGGAUGAUUAUUGAUUAAUUUCCAGUUACUAUUGGAUUUAAUAUUCUAUUUUUCAUGAUAAAUUGGAAUUUAUUUCCAAUAAUUCUCGACCAUGUAGAAAAGAAAACGAUAGUUUGUGAUAAGGUACAGAGCUCCGUUUUCUUCGCUAUGAGAUCAAACCAAAUCGUUAAAACAAGCAAAAAGGAAUCAACUGUGUGUAUAUAUUUCUUUGUUUCAAAGACAAACAAACUUGUGAUCUUUGAUUUUGAUAUUUCACGAUUUUACGGGGUUUACGUGGACGCCAAAAAUUUGCAGUUUUGAACCUGCACGAUAGCCGAGUUAGAUCCACACAUUUUGACUUAGUUCAUU